UUUUUAAUGUAUAGUUUUAAACUGUACAUACAUUUAUGCAUUUUAAACAAUAGCACUACAUCUGGUGAGGUCAUUCAUACAUGUAAAGAUAUUACUUUUAAUGCCAUAGGUUUAGAAAAAAGGGAAGCGUCAACUUGAUGCCUCCACCCCACCCUUACAGUAUAUAUUACACUGUUUCCUCAGUCAGAUCUCAUCUUCAUCAUGAUCACCAUCAUCUCUCUGCUCCUGUUGGGCUCUCUGCUGCCAAACCUGAGCUUCACUGCCAGUGUCAAUGUGCGUAUAGUGAAUGGCACUGAAGCAACACCUCACUCCAGACCUUACAUGGUUUCUGUUCAGAAGAAUAGGAGACACAUUUGUGGAGGAUUCCUCAUUUCUGAUCAGUUUGUCUUGACUGCUGCACACUGCAGAAAUAACACUGAGAUUCUGACAGUUGUGGCAGGUGCACAUAACUUAUCAAGCAGACAGGAAAACCAUGUCCGCAUUAAUGUGAGUACCUAUAACAAGCAUCCACAAUACAAGACCAAUAAUAGACCACGUAACAUGGCCGACCUGAUGAUUCUGAAGCUUGAUAAACAAGUCCAACUAAACAACAACAUCAAGACGAUUCCCAUACCAACAACACCUGUGAAUAUCAGUGUGGGCACUGAUUGCAGUGUUGCAGGCUGGGGAAAAAUGACAAAUGGCCCAAAGGGUCUUAAAAGUCCAACCCUCAGAGAGGCAAACGUGAAAAUUAUGAAUGACAUUGACUGUGCUCGAUGGGGACAAGAAUAUGUAGCUCCACAGAUGAUGUGUGUGUAUGGCCCUGGAGGAUCCUGUAAGGGGGAUUCAGGAGGUCCUUUGGUUUGUAACAACACUGCGGUGGGCGUUACAUCCUUCGGACGCAACAACAGCUGCAACGAUCCUUCUCGGCAUAAUGUUUAUACGAAAAUUUCUGCAUUUCUUCCAUGGAUCCAGGGCAUAGUACCACUACCACCUAAAACGGCCGUGGUGGUAUACAAACAGCAUCUUGCGAACAGGAUGAAGGUCAUGUAUAGCCUGUUGCUGACUGUGGCUAUAACAGGCCUGAUGCUGUCUGGUACUUUUGGAGCUGAUAUCAUCAAUGGGAAAAAAGCAAAAAAGAACUCGCUGCUAUACAUGGCAUCAAUACAGGUUGAAGGGAAGCACAAAUGUGGAGGAUUUCUGAUCAAUCCGAGCUAUGUGCUCACAGCUGCGCACUGCGAUAAGAGUGGCAACAUGACUGUGAUACUGGGGACCCACAACAUCGAUCCAAAGGGGGCAAAUCUGAGAAGAUAUGCGGUGCAAAAAAAACAUAAGCAUCCUUCAUUCAAAGAAGCAAAAUACGGAAAUGACAUCAUGCUUUUGAAGCUCUCCAAGAAACUGAAGCUGAGCAAAGCUAUGAAAACUGUCAAAAUUCUGAGCAAGGACAAACCGGUGAAGCCGAAUACAAAGUGCAUUGUAGCAGGAUGGGGUAAAACUGAAAAGCAGAACGUGGUGAAUGAUCUUCUCGUGACAGAUGUGUCUACUGUCAAUUUCACAGUCUGCCAAAAGAUGUGGAAUGAAGUCAACGUGAAACUUCCUAACAACAUCUUCUGCGCUGGAGGUUUUAAUACCAAAAGUGGUGCAUGCCAGGGCGAUUCUGGGGGACCGUUGGUGUGCAGUGGGGUGGCCCUCGGCAUCGUCUCAUUUAACAUGGGUCGGUGUGACUACCCAAAUGUUCCCAACAUUUAUACACAGAUUUCCAAAUUUUCACCCUGGAUCAAGAAGGUGAUUAAUGGAGGUGCUUAAUGUUUUGAUUGUAUUCUUGUGUAUUAACUCGAUUUAUAGUAGCUUCUAACUUUGGCUAAGUUGGGGAUGAAGAUGAAAAAAAUAAUGAAUCACUGACUAUUGUACUUGCUUAAUAACGCUAUAUUAUUACAAUCCUACAGACAAUUUUUUUAUAGUUUCUGUCGCUAAUGUACAUGUUAAGAACAAUUUGCAUUAAUUUAAUACCAUGUAUAUAUUUGAUAUUUUUUUCAUUUCUCUCUUUUCUAUUUUUUUUACCAUUUGUUCCAUAAUCUAUUUUUGUGAAGUAGCAAUGCAACAAUGCAAAACUGUAAAAAGUUAAAUAAACUUGAAUUAAACUGUCUGUUUUGCAUUUCUCUCUCUGUGUUGUUUUUUUAAAGUACCACUUCAGAGAAAGCGAAACCGUUGAUACAAAACCACUGUUCAAGUUUACCACCGCCACAUCCUAAGUUAUACAAGCUCUUUAAGUAAAACAGAGUUCAUAAACAGCCGCAGAAGAAAUAUUUCAUGCCUUAUAACGUGAGAACACAACAGUUCAUCUUUGUAAAGGUUAAAAUUUCUUCCUCGGGCCAGACAGGCGUGUGUAUAUAGGUAUGUAUAAAGCAUCAUGAACAUGCGAAGUCAGCAAUUACUCAUUUCACUGACCACCAUGCUAC